UUUUUCAAUCAAAGCAGCAGUAUUUUGUAGACGAGACCGCCGAACAAUUAUUAAAUAGAAUUUCCCGACUAUUUAUUCAACCAUCUACAGCUAUGACGACCAAACUUCAGUGACGCACAGCCUUUCAUCUCUAUCAAUCAUUCAUCAGUUACUUCUUUUAGAGAAGCUGUGCCACCAAAGCCCCCCCCCCCGCCCCCCGCCCCACCACCCACUCACACAAUGGCCACCUCUCUUUUGUUCUCAAGCACUGCCCCUCUUAACUUCCCCAAAUCAUUUUCACCGCGUACUUAUCUCAAUCACACUCAGAAAUUCCAUGAAAAUUCCCAGUCUCAGUUUAACACUAAAAUACCCACAAUAAUAAUCAGAAGAAAUUUGUGUACAAAUGCUGUUUUAUCGGAGACUCCUCAGUAUCCUAAGAUGGGUGCUCGCUCAACUGGACCAGUGCCUCUUACUCAGCUUAUUCAAGUUGCUGAGGCUGCUGCUACCACUGGUGCUCAGGUGGUGAUGGAUGCAGUCAAUAAGCCUCGGAAUAUCUCAUACAAAGGACUUACUGACUUGGUUACCGACACAGACAAAAUGAGUGAGGCUGCUAUAUUGGAAGUUGUUACAAAGAAUUUUGGAGAUCACCUCAUUCUUGGGGAGGAGGGAGGAAUCAUAGGAGAUACAUUAUCAGACUAUCUUUGGUGCAUUGAUCCUCUAGAUGGAACAACAAAUUUUGCUCACGGUUAUCCUAGCUUUGCUGUUUCUGUGGGAGUUCUGUACAGAGGGAAACCUGCUGCAGCUGCUGUGGUUGAGUUUGUUGGUGGUCCUAUGGCCUGGAAUACACGUCUAUUUUCCGCAACUGCUGGUGGAGGAGCUUUUUGUAAUGGCCAAAAGAUAUAUGUGAGUCAAACUGAUAAGGUGGAGCGGUCGCUUCUUGUAACUGGGUUUGGAUACGAACAUGAUGAUGCAUGGGCUACUAACAUCGAAUUAUUCAAGGAAUAUACUGAUGUCAGCAGGGGCGUGAGAAGGCUUGGUGCUGCUGCAGUUGACAUGUGCCAUGUAGCUCUAGGAAUUGUAGAAGCUUACUGGGAAUACCGUCUAAAACCAUGGGAUAUGGCUGCUGGUGUGCUGAUGGUUGAAGAAGCUGGUGGGACAGUAAGCCGCAUGGAUGGAGGAAAAUUUUGUGUAUUUGAUAGAUCUGUUCUAGUAUCUAACGGCGUGCUGCAUAGCAAGCUCCUGGAGAGGAUUGGAACUGAAACUGAAAAACUCAAAAGCAAAGGAAUUGAUUUUUCUCUGUGGUUUAAGCCAGAAAAUUACCAUACAGAUUUUUGAAAGACCAGAAUUCUAUCGUUGUCUGAUUCCUUACAGCAGCAAACGGAUUACAGCCUACAGGUCUUGAUGAUAUGAAUGGCAGUGAGGACCGGAUACGCUGAAGAACAGGAGAGGACGAAGGUGAGAAAUUAUAGAGGGUAUUGGUUUCUAAGACACUAUGUUCUUGUAGUAAACAUUAUUGAAUGUUGUUCUUGCAAGUGCACAUUGCAUAAAAAUCUUUCUUUUAGUUCCAUUUCCAUAAAAUUACAUGUAAUAACGAGUUAAAUCCAUGAAUUAGCAGUUGCUAAUUACCUCUAGCUCUGAUGAGAUGUCAGAAACCAUAACUACAUAUAGUCUAUCUCAAAAUUAUUUAAACCUUCA